GUAAGCACUUGUUUGCUUUUCUUCAGAAGCAUUCGUCAAAUUGUCAGUUCUCAUUGUGAGUCCUUAUUGACUGAAAAGGCAAUUACCACAAAGGCCGUGAAGAGGAGCCUUAGUUAGCUUUGGUUUACCUGGAACCCCUUUUGGAUCUUGAAUGUUGACGCAUUGGCCGUCUAAGUAGUUGAAUAACGCUGGCAAUGAAAAGGUUCAUCAGAAUGUUUAGACAAGAAUGGAAACUGAUCGGGUGUACAUUGAUGUUGGAGAAGCGAAAGAUCCUGAACUAUAGUAUAGAAGCUAAUGGAAUGCCGCUGUAGAUCAAACAGUGUGGGAACAGUGCGGCGCUGAGAUGAACUCAUCAUGGGCGUGGUGGAAGCACAUUCUGGGCGUGACGAUGCUCUUGGCCAACCCUACAACAAUCUUAGGGACACAAGAUGGUUUGGUAGAUUGGAAUUUCAUUCGCGAAAUGAGCUCCAUUCACCAGGUGAAACAAUGGAUUCUUAUUUUUGAGCGUUUAGAUUCCCAAAAGAUGUCGCUAAUUCCUCUCAUUAAAAAAAUCGGCAUCCCCUGUAGCAUCAUUUCAGUCCAACAGACUUUGCCAGUUGUGAAUCCCAAUAGAGCUACCAUGGCCUUAUAUUUUGGUAACAUCUCCUCAGAGGCCUUUCAAGCCAGAUUCAGCGAUCCCUGUAGCCCAUUUCUGACCUUAUGGCUCGUCCAACAUCAAUCUGGUCCUCAAUUCGAAAGUGCUUUGGAAUCUCUUCCUUUGCAAAUCAACAGCAUGCUUUUGACUUAUCAAGAUUUGGGGCAUCAACUUCAAGUGGAAGAAGUCUACAAGAUUCAUCAUACACAUAAACUUGUUCAGAGGUUGAUCCUGGGUCAUUGGAAUCCAACUAUUGGGUUCACAUGGCACGUCAGUCCCAACAUUUGGUCCCGACGAUCGGAUCUGCAAGGCUUCUUUCUAAGGACAUCCACUUUGGAGAACCGUCCCGUGAUUACCUAUUUCGAGACGGGUUGUUCCAAUUCUUCGUGUUUCAAAGGGGUUUUGGCGGAUCUUUGGCACGAGCUGCAGGCCAUCAUGAACUUCACCUACAAACUGACAACACCCGAGGACGGUGAAUGGGGUGUUGAGCUCUCAGAGGGAGUAUGGUCCGGAAUCAUAGGCCAACUUGCCAACGACGAGGUGGACAUUUCUCCUGUGGACAUGUUGGUGUCCUCUGCUCGUAAUAAGGUGAUUGACUUUCUGCCGUCCUUGGGGCCGAUUUCUUUGCGGCUCAUCGUGGCUAAUCCGGCUGAAUCCAUGAAUUGGACCGCUUAUUUGGCGCCCCUUACUUGGACCGUUUGGAUUGGAAUCGGUUUAUGCAUUCUGCUAUUUCCUUGGGUGGUUACUUUUGGUGCCAAAGUUUUGGGGAAUGAGCCCACGCAGGAUUCCUAUGAUCUUCAGGACUCUUUCAAAUUCGUGGCAGGGGCCAUGCUAAUUAUGAGAGGUUGGAAUCCUACACCCGAGGCCUUGCGGAACCAGAUCAUAUUCUAUAGUGUUUUGCUGGGUGGCACAAUGAUCUAUUGGCAUUGGGAAGCCAUGAUCAUUUCCUACUUGGCAGUCCGAAAUGUGGCUCUGCCAUUUGAAUCCCUCGAAGAUCUAGUGGAGAACACAGAUUACAAGGUUGUGGUACAACCGGGUACUGCUUACGUGGAUCAAUUAAGGUUUGGGAACACUGAAGUGUUGAGGCAAACUUGGGUGGAAAGAGUGGAACCUUACAUAGACUCUUACCCUUCUACCAAAGUGGAAAUGCUUGAUCUUGUCUUGAAGGAUCCCUCAUACGCUUUAUUGGAUGAGUACUAUUCCUUACUCUUCUAUGAGAGGCACUCCAAAUGCGAAGUUCUAACCAUUCCGAAAGACUAUUUCCGCGGGGACUACGCCUUCCCAAUCCAAGACAACUCUCCUUUCAAGGACUUGUUUAAGUACCACAUUGAAAUACUCAAGGAAAGGGGAGCGUUGAAUCAAAUCAGUGAUCGCUACGCACCAGAAGCCCAAGUCUGUCCUGAUUUGAGUGGGAAAUCGCUCGGAUUUGGCCAAUGUUUCACGGCCUUUGUGGCCUUACUGGCCGGUCUAGCAGUGGCAUCGUUGGCCUUGAUACUUGAAAUACUUCAUCAACAAUGGGCUCCUCCUAAAUCAUCGAAUCGUCUGGAUAAUGACAUGUUGAACAAACUCUAUGAGCACGAAUUUCAAUUGAAGUAUCAUCAAUCGAGAGUGCUGGAAAUUCGUCAACGAUUGAAGCAAUCUGAAACUUGAUUAUUCCUUUUCCGUUGAGUUGAAAUAUAACUAUGUUCUGUUCCAAUUUGAA